UUCUCAGCUCAUUCCCAGACCUCAGGAUGGACAGACGAACGCACUUGCAUCAUUGAUCCUGUGAGGCAGCAGAGGUGUAAUUAAGCUAUUAAAAAGAGAGAUGGUUUCCUUCCAUCGGUUGAUCGUCGCGUCGCUCCAGCUGUGUUUGUUGUUGUUGGUGUCAUUUACCGACAGCAGAAGUUUGAAGUGUUCACCGGGGAAAGUGUGCCCAGAUCGACCGCCUGUGGUUCUCAUUCCAGGAGAUCUUGGCAAUCAGCUUGAAGCGAAACUUGACAAACCUAGUGUAGUGCACUUCAUCUGCUUCAAGAAGACCAAGGACUACUUCUCAUUAUGGAUGAACGUGGAGCCGCUGGUGCCAGUGGUCAUUGACUGCUGGAUUGAUAACAUGAGGCUAGUCUACAAUCGUACAAGCCACCUCACUGAAGCUCCUCCGGGAGUGGAUGUCAGAGUGCCUGGGUUUGGACAGACCUAUACUGUGGAAUAUUUGGAUCCUUAUAAAGAGUUCAAGUACUUCUUCACUAUAGUACAAGCAAUGGUUGAAAAGGGUUAUAUCAGAAACGAUGAUGUUCGAGGUGCCCCCUAUGACUGGCGUAAAGCCCCAAAUGAGAAUAAGGAGUACUUCUUGCGUCUGAAGCAGAUGAUUGAGGAGAUGGCUAAUAAAGCUGGAGGUCCUGUGGUUCUCAUCGCACACAGUAUGGGGAAUAUGUACACACUAUAUUUCCUUCAAAACCAGCCACAGGCUUGGAAGGACCGGUACAUCAAGGCAUUUGUGUCUCUAGGGCCUCCAUGGGCUGGAGUGGCCAAAACUCUGAAAAUUAUGGCAACAGGCGACAACAACUGCAUUCCUUGGAUCAGACCUCUAAAAAUCCGCGCCGCGCAGCGUACAGCCGUCUCCACCGCCUGGCUCUUACCUUUUGCCCACACCUGGCCCAAAGACAUGGUCCUGGUUUCGACCUCCAACACCAGCUACACCGUCCAAGACUAUCAGCGCUUCUUCAAAGAUAUCGACUAUGAGGACGGCUGGGCCAUGAGGCAGGACACAGAACCACUGGUCAAUGCACUUAAUCCUCCGGGUGUUCCUGUCCACUGCCUUUAUGGCAGCGGCAUCCCCACACCUCAGGGCUAUAAUUACACAAACUUCUCAGACACAAAUCCCACCAUCAUCAACGGGGAUGGAGAUGGGACAGUCAACCUGUUGAGUGCGACACUGUGUAAACACUGGGUGAACAAGCAGAAGCAGCCUGUCCAGAUGAUCGAGCUGCCGGGGAAUAAACACAUCAAAAUGCUGUAUAACGAAACCACAGUUAAUUACAUCAUAAAUUUGCUGUUUCCACCGUGAUGGCAUCACACUUCCCCUGUUUAACUGUGAACUGAAGAUUCUGGUUUGCCAAAGGGACAGGACUCGGUCCUGCUUUUUAAAUGUGGGAUGGGUCGUGAAAUAGUCAGCUUUUGUUGGGCACAAUCAGCAUUUAUAGAAAGUGUUGUAUGUUUUUUUUUUACUCCUCAAUUCAAAUCUAACAUUUUCAUAUUAUAUAGAUUUUAAUGCACAAAUUACAAGUGUUUAAUCUGAAAUACCAAUUGCCUGCCAAUAAUCUGUGUCACAUUUUUUUAACCCUUUAACCAGUUUUAUAUAUUGCUUUUUAAUGCAUUUUCUAACCAAUUUGUUCAUGCAUUGCAGUAUUUUUGUUGAUCCUGUCGAACAAGCAAGUGGCUAUUUAUCAGGCUGUCCAUGACCAGUAUUGAUUUAUGUAUAUUUAUCAAGUGGUCUCAAAUGUAGAAUAUGUGACACAACUGCUGGAUAUAUUAUCAUUGCUCAAUUUGUCGUCUUAACCUGUGUGACCGCAAUUGUGCCAGGAUGGGUUAACUAAUGUUACACUUAUACAAACUCUUGACUCAUUUUUUGGUGCUUUUGUUUUUUACAUGUACUGACCUUUUGAAUAUAAUAAACAAUGAUUUGUGAGGCAAGUUA